AGACGAUCCACAUCAACCAGGAAUCAAGAAGAAGAACUGUCAAUUUUAAGCUCGAAUUGUACAACGAAUGUUUUAUGUCCAAAGUUCUCUUCAAAAUGCGCCGUAACUUCGUUCAAUCAACUGAACUAUUCGCGCAGUCCUUCAAGAUCGGCGAUUGAGGAAUCCUUAUGGGACCAACCAUCAUGGGAACAAAACUCAUGUGGUAUAGAGAAAGAUAGAAAGAUUUCGGGAUGCGACGAAGAGAAGGUACAACAAAUAAUAGAAGCAGAGAGAUGGAAAAAUGAUAGCGAAGAGCAAGUUAACCAAUCCGAUAACGAUGCAUCAAUUAAAACUAUCGUCGAAAUUUGUGAUAAAUCGAAAUCUGGUUUAGUAAUAAAAAUAGAUGAUAUACCAUAUGUGGACGAUCUCGAAGCAAUGGAAACAGUUUUUUCAAACGAUUGUACCAAGAUCAAAGAAUCGACAGAGAAAAAUUCAACGAAUAACGGAAAUAAAAUAGAGAGAACGACCAGUAGAGCUUCCUUCCUCAUAGAAUCGGCUCUUUGGAUGCAAAGAUUGAAUUCGAAAACAUCUACAGAUAGUGAUCGAUACGAUGACUCGAAGUCAAACACUCCUGAUCGAUCGACGAAGAAGAAACCUAUAAUUAUUCGUAGAGAAUCGAGAUUUAAGAGUGUCAGAAAAUUUAGGAAUCCUGAUGGAUCACCAAGGAUGAGCAAUAAAGACAAGAAGUUGUUAAAAAUGAUUUUAGUGAUAUUCUCGUCGUUUCUCGUUUGUUAUUUACCUAUUACAAUUACGAAGAUUUUUAAAGAUUCUAUUGAUUGGAGAGGAUUAAACAUCGCGGGUUAUAUCUUGAUCUAUUUGACCACUUGUAUAAAUCCUGUUGUUUAUGUCGUGAUGAGUUCCGAGUAUAGGAGCGCUUAUAAAAAUGUGUUGCUUUGUAAAAAUGAAUUUGGAGCCAAUCAUGCAACUAAAAAAUCACCGAGAUAAAAAAUAUUUGAAUAUGUUCCUGUUUGAGAUAUUAUAUUAAUAUUA